CUUACACAUAUGGCUGUUCAAUACAGUUUUACCUAGCUUCAUGGCAGACGACGCUACUGCUCCAUUACUUCUUUGUUUAAUAAAACAGUCGACAUUGUAAACUAAGUGCUCAAGUGUGAUUUUUGUAAAUCUCGGUAGAAUUGAUUUGUUUCGAUUGUAGGACGUAUUUCCCAUGGUUUUGUAGCAUCACAAAUUAUAAAAAAUCAUGUCGAAACUGAUUGCUGAGUACUAUCGCCGAUUAAUGGAACCAAAACAAACACAGUUGAAAGGAUUCAAAGUGACGGAUGUGCGUCGAACACGAAAAGUAGGAGUAACUGCUCGAAAUCUACAAGAAUUAAAAAAAAAAACUUGUUUAAAGCUAGAUAUUACUGAAGACUUGUCCAGGAUAAAUAUAUGUUUAACGGAUGGUUUCGAAAUUGACGAAGAAUAUUUUUCAACUCUUGAACCUCAAACUACUUUGAUUAUUUGUAAACCUGGGGAAAAUGUGAUUAACGAAGCUGAUCAUCUUAUUGAAAUGGUAAAAAAAGCGACUGAUAAAAUAAAAGAAAACACAGAAAUAUAUGCAGCUUCAAUGACAGAUGAAUUUAGAACCAAUAUUGCUGCACUGAAUAAGAUAUUGGGUUCUCACGACACAAAAACUCUUUUAAGUAGGCGUGAUGAACACCCAGAGUGGUUUGAGGGUCUAGGAACAACUUUUCAAACUAAGGAAGCAUAUUUGCAUCGUCGUUGUCAAGAUAGAAUCAGAGGCUAUCUUUAUAAAACGAUCGAACAAAUUAGAUUUUCAAAAACUUACAAUGAAAAUUUAGUUGCAAGGAAACAGCUUCAAUUGGUCAUUGUAUUUUUUAAAUUGCAACUGAAAAAAGACCAUUAUUUUGGAUACUACUUUGAUCGCAGUCGAGCUGUAAAUCGAGUAGAUGACUCAUUAAUCUCUUCGGACGAUGAAAUAGACACUGCUGAAAAUUGCUGUUAUGAGCACUGUCCUUGUAAAAUGGAUUUGGACGACUAUGAAAGAUUUUUAACCGGAGACGGUGACGAUACAGUUGAUGCAAAAAAAGUCAAAGUUUCAGAAGAAUUUUCUGUUUUUCAAGAACAAGAAAAAAGAGAUUUUCAAAUAGCCUUAAAAGAGUGUCCUUAUAAACCAUUUGAAAGAAAAAAAUCAGAAAUUAUGGCUUUUUGCGAUAAGAGAGGGGAAUUUAAAUGCAGUGGCGUUUGGAAUCGCGAAGAUUGUUUUUAUUCGGAUCUUCAUAUAAUAAAUCCUUAUACAUCUAAAGAAAAACUCGUAUCAUUUUCUACUUGGAAUCUGGAUCACAAGAUUGAAAGAUCAAGAACUUUAGUGCCCCAGAUACUGCAAACAGCUGAACGCGGAGAAAUUAAAAAAGAAGAUAUUGUUAAAUUUUAUGAAAACUUAUUUACUGCCAAAAAUUUGAGGCUUGUUCACAUUAUGUGUCAUGAUAAGGGAUCACAUAAAGUAUUAGUUUAAUUUUUUAUGGAAAAAAAGUAAUUUCUAGAACAACGGGUGAUAUUUUAUAUAAAAUAUUUAUAAAAUAGAUAAAUAUUUUUUAAGAGUACUCAGGUAGAAAUUUAACUACUCUUUAACUAGUUUACAAUUAAGCUGAAUAGUAUUAAUCGUGAAAAACGUAUCCUAAUAUUCUAUACUUUGAGAUAAAUCAUGAGGUAGUUAAAAGUUGCUUGGAUUUAUUCUAAGGUAUAAGAAACUGCAAUAUGAAAUAAUAUUAGCAACUGAGAAAAAUUAGUAUCUAAAAUUUUUUGAAGAUAAUAUGUUAUAUGUUAUUAUAUAAGUAACAAAAAUUAGGUAGGUAAAAGUGUACUUUAUGAUUAUGGCGAUUGAAUUUUAAUGACUGUUAAAAUAAUUUUAGUAUUAAAAUUAAAUAUUAGAGUGAUUUGAAAAAUUA